AAUUGGCCCAUGGGGGCAUUCCCACCACCAGAAGUAUUGGUGUACGUGAAGGUGCCAACUAAAUUGCCUGCUGGACUGAUAUGGAAGGUUGAUCAUGUCCUAGCUACGGAUCCCACUGUGAAUUGCCAGUCUGAUGAAAUGAACAAAGCCACAAGGAAUUAUCCCAAGUUAAUUAAGCAAUGUGCAGUUGAUGAAUAUGUUAUCUACAAGUGUAAUCUUGGACAGAUUAAUUCAUCUAUAAUCCAUAUUACUGGGAUGAUGUAUACCAAAAACAAUACAGAGCAUUCCCUUCAUUCCAAGCUUUGCACAGCCUUGUGGGUAGAAUUUAAUACCGGAAGAUUCAAAAAUUUCUACGGUCAUGAAUUUGCCCAGGUUCAGGUCACAGAAGUGGAGGUGAUCAUCGCGAUGAAUUAUCUCCCCAUUAUAAUAGGCAGUGCCAUUGGAGGCUUGUUCUUGCUUAUUCUCUUCAUUGUAGGACUUUAUAAGUGUGGAUUCUUCAAACGUAAUUAUAAGCAGAAGAUAGAACUUCAGGAAGAAAAUGAGAAUGCAUUACAAACAGCUGACAACCUAGAGGAUGGUGCUGAGAAAGAAGGUUCUCAGAUGGGGGCCGACAAAGAGAAUGAAACCAAACUCUUUACAGAACCAUCGAAUAAAGAAAAUGAGGCUCAAUGACCAAAUCGUGUUCCUCUCCAGAGACUACAGCCAAGGCUACUUGAUAUAAAUGCUCCAUGUGAAAAAAAGGGAGACUUUUUGGUGCUGGCAAUGAAGACUUUUAUAAAUGAAAAAAGGAGCUAUGAUUGCAUUUAUUUCAGGGGCUUCUACUGGCCGUCUUGGAAAGAGAGCCAUAAUCUGUAUUUGUAGAGGCCGUAGAUGACGGGUACACACGAUCAGAUGGCCAGAACAAGAUUUAGGCAGGAACUGCAUCUCUCUAAACAAAUGUGUUUGUCUGCGUCCUCUGCUAGCCCCUUGAUCCAAGACAAAUCAGCUGUUUUGCGCACAUAUUGUUUUUAAGGCUCUUUUCUAGAGAAUAGCAGAUUUUUGUCCUUUUUUCGUCUAUCAGUUGCACACCAGAAAUAGGUAAGACUUAAAAUGGGAACUUUGCAAAUCAGUGUUGCUCCCCCUCUCCCCACUUGGCAAAGGACAAAAGCAAUUCUCUGGAAUUCUGGACAGGAACCUAGCUACAGUCCAUUAGAUAAAUAAAUUCCCCUCUGAGAUUACAGGGGCCAAAUCCAACAACCAGUUUACCACUUCCACUUUCUUACCAGACUCCGAAAUCCUGAUCUCAGGAACCCUCAAAAGAGUGGGAGGAGAGGAGACAGAAUGGAUAGGGCCAGGAGCUUCACCAUCUGAAGUACUGUUGGCCUUGCAGGUGUCUCUAAAUACUCUUGAUCUGAUUUUUUUUUUUAGAUUUUUUUAUCCCAUCUUUAUUAUUUUUAUAAAUAACUCAAGGUG